GCGCGGCCAUGCCGCAGUCACCUGGGAGAAUGCGGAAGAGGAGCGCGGAGCAGAGCUGCUGAACAACCGCAGAGGAUCAGCCGAGGAGCCGCUCCAACCCGCGGGGAGGACGAGGACGCGUUUGCGCUGGAUGAGUGCGCGCUGCCGGAUCCAGUCCUCCCGGAACCACCGGCAACAUGUUCUACAAGAAGGCGCAGGAAGAAGUUCCGCUGGAGGACAAAAAGGAGAGCGCCGAGCCUUUGCUCCAUCAAAACGCUCCCCGGAGGCCCUAUGACUUCGUUCUCGUGAGUGAAAAGGACGAAGAGGAUGUAGAAAAAACUCAGAAAGAGAAAGCUUUCAUCAAGGAACUGAAUAAGAAAAAGAUUCACGUUGUGGAGCUAAGCCAUGAUGAUAAAAAAACCUUUUAUGGUCUGCGAGCUCCAGAGGAGAAGUUUGAGGAUUAUCGGUACCUCCUCAAAGUGUCAGACUCCUGCAACGGUGAAGAUGUGAGCGUCACCCUGGCAACCAGGAUCAGGAUUGUUAAUUCCAUUCUCAAUGAGACAAAGAUAGACACAGGAGAGGGAACAGAAGGUCUGGAGGAUCUGAUGAACGAUGGCGUCUUUGAAACCAUGUUCUGCUUGCAUGAGAGAACGGAACAGAAGAAGCUGGAGGGGAACUGGGCGCGAUGGACAGCCGUUUUCAUGAAACAACCGUACGAUGACAUCCAGAAAUACUUCGGGGAGAAGGUGGCCCUGUAUUACCUGUGGCUGGGCUGGUACACCACUCUGCUGAUUCCAGCCGCUGUUCUGGGUGUUGUGGUGUUCCUUUAUGCCCUCGCAUUUUUCAACACCAACCCUCUCAUUAAGGAAGUGUGUGACUCCAACAUCACCAUGUGUCCUCGAUGUGAGAAAAGAUGUCCUCCAUGGAACCUGUCUGACACUUGCACUUAUGCAAAGGUCAGCCAUUUGUUUGACAAUGAAGGCACAGUGGCUUUUGCCAUUUUCAUGGCCAUCUGGGCCACUUUAUUCCUGGAGCUUUGGAGGAGAGAACGGGCAGAGUAUGUGUCCAGAUGGAAGGUUUACGACUGGAGUGAGGAAGAGGAGGAACUCAUUUUGGAGAUUGUCAAUGAUUCAGAAUGCAAAGCCAAAGUUUUCCAACAUUCCUUCAAACGAAGCACUCUGGUCCUGGUCAUGGUUACGAUCAUGUUGAUGGUGAUCAUCGGACUGGCUCAUGCUCUCGUGGUGUUUCGAGUGGUGGCCGCCCCCCUUCUGUCUGAAAGCAGGUGGGAGUUCAUGAGAGACAACGCUAACGUCGUGGCCGUGAUGCUAGGAGCUGUGUUGCACUACUUCACCAUCCAGAUCAUGACUGUGGUCAAUAGGAAGGUUUCUCUAAAGCUGUGUGAAUUAGAGAAGCCAAACUCAUUUGCUGCCAAAGAGAAAAGCUUCACCGUCAAGAUGUUCACCUUCCAGUUCUUCACUCUGUUCUCCUCACUCUUCUAUGUGGCUUUCUUCCUUGGCAGGAUAAAUGGCCACCCUGGGAACUAUGCACGCAUCGCAGGACACAGACUGGAGGAGUGCCACCCCAGCGGUUGUUUGACAGACCUUUUCAUCCAGAUGGCCAUCAUCAUGAUGCUGAAACAGGUUAUCAACAACAUUGUUGAAUUCAUCGGCCCCUGGCUGAAGAACUGCUGGAGAAAAAGGGCCACGAAGAAGUUGAGGAGGAAGUGUGGUCACUGUUACCGGUCUUCCUGCCGUGAUGAAAAUGGCUGUGUUGAGCCGUGUGAUGUGUGCAAAAUAGCAGAGUGGCUGAAAAACUACCAGCUGGCUGAUUCAGACUGUUUCAGUCUGUUCAAUGAGUUCCUGGAGAUGGUGAUUCAGUUCAGCUUUACCACCAUAUUUGUGGCUGCGUUCCCUCUUGCACCUUUGCUCGCUCUGAUCAACAACAUCUUUGAAAUCCGUCUGGAUGCCAUCAAGAUGGUCCGGCUGGAGAGACGCCUGGUUCCCAAAAAGACCAACACCAUUGGUAUUUGGACAAUGGUCCUGGAGGCUGUUGGAGUAUUGGCAGUGAUUGCUAACGGUUUGGUCAUUGGAAUCACAUCCGAUUUCAUUCCUCGCCUCGUCUACCGUUACGUGUACGGCCCAUGCGCCAGAGGAGUGACCGACACACACUGCAUGAGUGGUUACAUUAACAGCACUCUGACGACGGCCUACAUGUUUGACAACAACCCAGAUGAGUUUGUUCCUCCAAACCAAAGACAUCUCUUCAAUGUGACUGAGUGCAGCUUCAGAGACUUCAGAAGUGAGGAAGACCACUCUCUGACCCUUCACUUCUGGUUGGUGGUGGCAGCGCGGUUUGCCUUUGUCAUCCUCUUUGAGCACGUUGUCCUGGUGUUUAAGUUCAUAGCAGCCUGGUUUGUUCCCAACCAUUCCCUGCGUGUGAAGAAUGAGCGGCUACAAAAUAAGCUGGACCGACUAAAGAAAGAGCUGAAGGGAAGAAAACGGACCAAAUACAAAUUCAAAUCUACUGAAGUGUAACCUGCAGCUGAUGUCAGAUCCAUUUCUUCUGUCCUGGUUAAUUCAGGCCGUAUAUAUAUAUUUUUCAGUUUUGCUUUGCUUGUUACUAUGUAAAUGAAAACACUGUUGCUGUUUUCAUUCCAUUUGAAAUGUGUAUGUUUUUGAAAGGAAUGUGUGGAUUUUGUUCUUUUACUGCAGGGUUGGAUACUCAGGUUGGAGCAAAAAAAAAAAGUCUGGUCUUCUGAAUAAAUGCUGUGUGACAUCUACUGG